AUGCCACCCCCAAAACCACCCUCUGGCGGCGCAGGCGCGGCCUCCAAGGAGGAAAACAUCUACAUUCCGUCUUUCAUCAGUAAGCGGCCUUUCUACGCUGGCGAGGAUGACGACAACGAAAACGAUUACCUCAAGCAUCAACGUCGAGAGGAGAAGAACGAGAAGUCGCAAUCGUAUGACCGUGGCAGGAAAGCCGGUCCCGCGGCCACCAAAUACCGAAAGGGCGCGUGCGAAAACUGCGGCGCGAUGACACACAAGGCGAAGGACUGCUUGAGCCGACCCAGGGCCAAGGGGGCAAAGUGGUCAGGGAAGGAUAUCCAGGCCGAUGAGGUGAUCCAGGACGUCAAGAUGGGAUGGGAUGCCAAGCGAGAUCGCUGGAACGGCUACGACGCCAAGGAGUACCGCACCGUGGUGGAUGAGUACAACCAAAUGGAAGACCUAAGAAAACAGACCAAGGCCGCCAAGGGAAGCGAUGAAGAGGAGGAUGACGGCGACAAGUACGCCGAGGAGAACGACAUGAGCAAGCAUCAGAGCACAGCUACGCGACAACUAAGAAUCCGAGAAGACACCGCCAAGUACCUUUUGAACCUUGAUCUUGAGUCCGCCAAGUACGACCCCAAGACUAGGACUCUAGUCAACGGCGGUGCCACCGCAGACAAGGCCGCCGAUUUGUUCGCCGAGGAGGGAUUUAUGCGAGGGUCUGGACAAGCUGGCGAGUUUGAGCAGGCCCAACGGUAUGCGUGGGAGGCACAAGAGCAGAGCGGCGACACCAGUCAGCAUCUCCAAGCCAAUCCCACGGCGGGAGAAUUUUAUCGGAAGAAGGAGAGGGAAGAGGCCGAAGCAAACCGUGUAGAAAAAGAGAGGCUUCUGCUGGAGAAGUAUGGUUCGGAUGGACAGAAGGAGAUGCCAGCUGCUCUUCGCAACAUGGCUAUCACCGAGUCCGAGACCUUUGUGGAAUACGACGAGGCUGGUCUGGUCAAGGGGGCACCACGAAAGGAAGCCAAAUCGAAGUACGCCGAGGAUGUUCUCAUCAACAACCACACCUCCGUCUGGGGCAGCUGGUGGACCAGCUUCAAAUGGGGCUACUCCUGCUGUCAUUCUUUUGUGAAAAACAGCUACUGCACUGGAGAAGAUGGCAAGGAGGCUUGGGAGGCCGCCGAGAGGCAACGCAGUGGCGCAAAUCUUGUCACCGACAACCCCGAGGACGAGGCGGACGAGGUGGAUCAGGAUGAGCCUGCCGAUGCCAAAGCCAAGAAGCGGACUCGUGAAGAGAUGAUGAAUGGAGUAACAGAGGAGGAAAUGGACGAGUACAGACGGAAGAGAACGGUUACGGCUGAUCCCAUGGCGAAGUUGCUGGGCAAGGAUGAGCUCCUUACAUAG